AUGCAGAAGAUGAAGGCUUUAGCCGAUGCCAUGGCUGCAGCCGGUGUUCCCAUCACCGAUGACGAGAUCGUCGAUUACAUCGUCAUCGGGCUCGGUUCUGCCUACAACGCCGUCACCGCACCGCUCACCCUCGGCAACAGCACUGAGGCGAUCUCCUAUGCAACAUUCUACUCGAACGUGCUCUCCUUCGAGUCCCUCCAAGCGCAGCAGGCACACGCCAAGGGCUGGACCUCCUCGGUCAAUGCAGCCAUGCGCCCUAACCCUGCCUUUCAAGGCGGUGGAUCCUCCACCCAUCCCUACGACAAUAAUGGCCAGCAGGGGCAGUCCCGCGGCAGCGGCGGAAAUGGUGGCUACGGUGGUCGCAAUGAUGGUGGCGGCUACGACCGCAACGAUGGUGGCAGCUUCGGUGGUCGCAAUGACGGCCGCACUGGUGGAGGCAAUGGUGGCGACUGGGACAAAUAG